AUGGCGCGCCUGUUCCUCGACCGCGAGCCGCUGACGCAGUACAAAGACCGCCGGUUCAACGGCACGCUCGACGAGUACCUCGACCGCCUGCGCGCGUCGACGACGCUGUACGUCGGGAACGUGUCCUUUUACACGACGGAGAAUCAGAUGCACGCGCUGUUUCGAUCCGUCGGCGUCGUGCGCGCCAUCGUCGUCGGCCUCGACAGCGCGCGGCGCACGCCGUGCGGAUUCGCGUUCGUCGAGUACGAGACGCGCGCGGACGCCGAGCGGUGCGUGCGGUACCUGAACGGGACGAAACUGGACGAUCGCGAGAUCAGGAUCGACUUCGACUGGGGCUACGAGCCGGGACGCGAGUUCGGACGAGGGAAAUCCGGUGGGCAGGUGCGAGACGAGUACAGGACGUACUACGACGCGGGGCGGGGCGGGUACGGGAAAUUGUUGCGGGACGAGCUGGAGGGGAUGCGGGCGAGCGCGGAGGUGGGGGAGAAGCGCGCGCGCGACGACGGCGCCGAGGACGCGUAG